AUGCAAGGGCAUUCAACAUCAACCAUCAUAACCAAAACUACAACUACCACUACUACUACUACUACUACUACUACUACUACUGUAAAAGCUGAGGUUCCACUGCAAAAGUCUCAAUCAACCCCUCCUUCACCAAUCACAACCAGCAGUGAACUUCAACCGCACAAACCAAUCUCUGCUGAGAAAACUGUCAUCAACACAACCAAAUCCUCUCGUAAGCCCUUGAAGCAUUGGGUGCUCAAGAAGAAACCCACUACAGCCAACAAAUUACAGCAGACGUCCAAUGUGAAAGCAGACGAGGAUGAGGAAGAUGAACCAAUGACAAAGCCAAUGUCAUUAACUGAAAAGAGAAAGCGACAAGCCAAGAGAGCAGAUCAGGUCAAGAUUUGGAAGGUCAGGGAAGAAAGAGAGGCGAGAGAAGCAAGGUUAGUUAUCAGACGACAAAUAGUGAAUGGCACAAACAAAAAAAUCACACAAUCAUCAUCUACAUCAUCCACAAGCACUAUCAGAAAGAAGAAACGUGUCAAGUUCAAUUUUGAUAAAAACAGUAUUAUUGAACUACCCUCAUUUCACGAUAACGAUUUAGAAGACAUUUAA